AUGGUGCUGGCCGGCAGCGAUGGCGUCAAGGCCGACAACAACAAUGUAGACACAAAGAGCACGAUCACCUGUAACGAGGGCAGCAGCAACAGCAUCGGCGAUCUGUUGCCAGACAAUGUGCUGUCCUCCAGUGGCAACGCCAACAUCGUCACACUGGACGACCUGCUGCAACAACUAUGUCGGGAGCUUCAGUCCGACCUGUACAUUGGUGACCUCAACACAAUCCUCUCACUCAACCACCUACAGCUCAAGGAGGGCCAGCAGGUGCGCUGCAUUGGCUUUGACAGCUCCAUUGAGCCCACAACAAAGUCACAGAGGUUCUUCCAAUACCAGAUCAUUGAGUUCAAAUCACAAACCGACAUCUUGUCCAUCACUAAACAGUUCGACGACUUCUCACAACUCAUCCUUGGUCGUGGACGCGACACUCCAUGUGUGAUCCAUGAGUGUUGCUUUGGACUGAUACUGGCAUCUAUAUAUCUGAUCAAAUACCAAAUGUUCUCAUUGCCACAGGCCAGCGAUAUUAUUGGCUACAAUGACUACCUUCCAACAUCGAUGAAGCACUCUCACUUCCAAAAGGUGGACUCUUGCUCAUUGAUUGGCGACGUCACUGCAUAUUACUACCGCAACAUGACCAAGCGACGAAUUGCCACACCGCAAAAGACUGCUGAUCAGCAGCCACAGACACAGACACAGACACCAAAGAAGAAGUCAUUGCUUCAGAAGUUGUUCUCGAGCAACAGCAGCACAGCCUCCUCCAACAAGAACGACAAGGACAAGGAUAAGGAUGGCGCUGGCAGCGAUAAGGACAAGGACGACCACCACGAGGAGGGCGAUCUGCCCAAGCAGGACAAGAACACAAAGAAGAUGCCCAAUGUCAUCGCGGCAAACUUUGACGCGCUGCCCGACCAAUACAAGGAGAUCAUCAAGAAGUGGAACAUAAAGCCCGAGAGUAUCGCGGCCAACUGGGAGCUCACACUCAAUCUGCUUUACUUCCAGACCAAGGUCAAGUUCUUCUCGUCACGCGAGCAGGAGAGCGAGGUGAACAGCAGCAAAGACGCCAAGGAGAAGAAGGAGAAGGCAGCGGCGGCGUCGGCCAGCGACCAAGUCGCGCCACCAGCAGCGCCACCAGUGGUUGUAGUCGCAGCAACAACAUCGACAUCAAGCAUGGGCAACAGCACUAGCAGUAACACCAGUAGCACAAGCAGUACACCUCAACAACAGACCACACCACAGCCAUCCCCCGAGCUCAGCGGCACCACCAGCACGAGUGGCGGCAGCAGCAAGGACCUUGGCAAGGAUGGCAAGAAGAAGGAGUCGUCAUCAAGGAGCAGGACAGUGCCAUUGGAUAAGCGAAUCGCAUCGAUUGUGCCAACGCCCUAUGUUAAGAAGUCGCCCGACCAGCUGAUCAAGCGCUCAUCGUCCGAGUUCCGUAAGACGUUCACUAUGAAGGAGCGCGUGGGCAAGGGCGGCUUUGGCUCAGUGUACGCCGCCAAGAACAACGUCAGCAAGCUGAAGGUGGCGCUCAAGAAGCUGCCGCACGACACGCAAAAGAACAAGAAGUUCAACUACAAGGAGAUCCGCGUGUUGGACUUUUGCAAGCAUCCCAACAUCAUCACCUACCACGACACAUACAUCUUUGGCGACAAGGCCUACAUUGCCAUGGACUUUAUGGAGGGAGGCACGCUGUCCGAGGCCUCCUACCAGUACCCCUUCCAGGAGACCAACAUUGCCUACGUGGCACAGGAGAUUCUGCUGGGCAUACUGUACCUGCACACCAAUCAGAUGGUGCAUCGCGACCUCAAGUCGCAGAACAUUAUGAUGACGACGACGGGCGACAUCAAGAUCAUCGACUUUGGACUGACGACCUCGCUGUCCAAGAAGAACUAUCGCGUGCGAAUGUGUGGCUCCCCACUGUGGAUGCCGCCCGAGAUGAUCCAGCAGCGUCCACACACAUACAGCGCGGACAUUUGGAGUCUUGCCGUGUGUCUGCUGGAGCUGGCCAAUCGCAAUCAGAAGCUUCGCAAGGAUCCCAUUCGCACCAUGUUCAUGGUGGCCACGGAGGGCAUCAAAGAGCCGUUUGAGGACCCCAAUCAAUGGUCCGACACGUUCCAGGACUUCAUUUCACAAUGUCUGCGCUUCAAUCCAGCAGAGAGACCCUCUGCGAUGGACAUGCUGCGACACCCCUUCAUCAAGAUGGCCGACUCCAAGAAGAGGAUGGGCAAGAUCCUCUCGUCCAUCUUCCUCAAGAACAUCGUUGGUAUAUAG